GGGCUUUUUUUUUCCUUACUUCUUUCAAGGCGGAAAGGCCCUUUUUUCUUCCUGGGAUUUUCCCCCCCAAAUUCCCUUUUUUCCUCUUUUUUUUUUUUUGGUUUUCUUUCUUUUUUUUUGUUUUUUUUUUUUUUCAUUUUUUGGUGUUUCUGCUACUAAUUUGAUGGUGAUGAAUGAUGAUUGUUGAUCUAGGCGACGCGACAAAGCGGCAUGGGUCAGUGAAGCUAAACGAAGUGGCAAUACCAGAGGGGAGUGAAGCGGAGGGUGUUCCGGCCACGGGACUUGACAAUAACUUUGGAUUCUCGAAGCAUUUUGGGAGCAAGUACGAGCUCAGGGAGAAAGUUGGGAGAAGCCAUUUUGGUUAUACCUACUCAGCCAAGUUCAAGAAAGAGGAACUCAAAGGACAACAAGUUGCUAUUAAGGUUAUAUCCAAAGCGAAGUAUAGAGAUGAGAUCUACUGGUAAACCUCUGCUUUUAUCAGUGAUCAGUCCUGUACUAUGAUCAGUUUGCUUGAUUGCAUUUAUUAAUAUGCAAGAAUGGAUUGUGUAUUGAAUUAUUGGUGGUGAAAUUUUUUGCAUUGGGGACCUUGGAUUGGAGAUGUAGUUGUAGUAUGUGUUGAUUUGCCUUUUUUUCUCAAGAUAAAAAUUGAUCUUUCUUUUUAAUCUUUUGGGGAUGGGGAAUUGUGCCAUUCCAUUGUCUUCCUUUUUAUUUUCCAAUGAUUUCUUGAACUAUUUUCAUUUUGACAUCAAUGGUUCCAAUAAGAGGGAAUGAAUGGGAAGGAUAAGGGCCCUAGUAGUCAGAAUACUGUAAUUUCAACAGUGAGAGUUUCAUUCUUUAUGAGAACUUGCAAUAAAUGUUGAUGAGAGGAAAUGGGUAAUUCCUUGGAGUUCCAUCUGGAGAAUUUCAUUCUUUAUCAGAACUUGCAAAUUGCCUCACUUACUGGUAUAUGCAAAUUGCCUCAUACGAUAUGAUUGAAUUGGUCAGAUGAGACGUAUUUGAUGGUGAUGUUUGGAAGAUGACAUUUUGAUGUAUUCUGAUACUGGUGGGUUUGUGUUUUAAUUAGACUUGGUUGCAGUGUCAAUGAUCAAGUUUUGGUUGCAUAGGUUUAGUGGUAGUUAUAACUAGUAGGUAGGUUUAUAAAGAUUCAUGGUGUUU